AUGAGUAAAAUUUCUCAAGAGGCAUUUGAGUAUCUUAAUAAACUUAGAUAAAACCCAAAAUUAGCCAUUCCAAAAUUGCAAGAGCAUUUAAAACUCUUUAAAGGAAAUGUUUUGCAUAAGCCUGGAGAAAUAGCACUACAAACAAAUGAAGGUCCAAAAGCUGUCAAUGGUAUUUUUUGGAUAUAUACUAGAGUGCAUUUCAUUCUUAUAAAAUCAGAAGGCACUUGGUCCUUUGACUUGGAGUAAAGGAUUGGAAUGUGCAGCUAGAGAUCACGUUUAGGAUACAGGGCCAAAAGGAGUAACAGGUCAUACAGGUACUGAUGGAUCAUCCAUGAGUGACAGAAUAGAAAGAUAUGGAGAAUGGGAUGUCACUGUUGGUGAAAAUAUUAGUUAUGGAUAGACAACAGGAGAAGAUGGUAUAAAUUUAUUUUUAUUUAGUUAUCAUUUAAUUAAUUAUUGAUGAUGGGGUUUCAUCAAGAGGACACAGAAAAAAUUGUUUUAAAGCAGAAUUUGGAGUUGUUGGAAUUUAUGAUGGGGAACAUAAACAAUACAAAACAUAAUGCGUUUUUGAUUUUGCAGGAUCAUUUGAAGAUAAACCAGGACUUGAUGCAAAAGCACCUUCUUAGAAUGUUCCAUAAUAAUAAUAAGAAUAACCUCAAAGCUAAUAAUAAGAUGUUCCUCCUGCUUAACCUUAAGCAAAAGAUCCAGAUGAUAAGAUUACUCAGGAUGCUUUUGAUUAUUUAAAUUAAGUAAGAUAAAAUCCCACUCUUGCUAUACCUAAAUUAUAAAACCUAAUAAAACUAUUUAAGGGAAGUGUGUUACAUAAACCUGGAGAAAUACCACUAUAAACUAAUGAAGGUACGAAGGUGAUUUAAGGUACAUUUUAAUUUAAGUAUUAGAAUUAAUCGGUUUUCUAUAAAAAUAAUAACCACUUCAUCCAUUGACAUUUGACAAAGGACUAUAAUAGGCUUGUAUUGACCAUGUUAAAGACACAGGACCAAAAGGAGUAUGCGGACAUACAGGAACUGAUGGGUCUUCUCUUUCAGAUAGAAUUGAAAGAUAUGGAGAAUGGAAUGGAAAAAUUGGAGAGAAUAUUAGUUAUGGAUAAAAAACAGGAGAAGAUGUUAUUAUCUAAUUAUUAAUUGAUGAUGGUGUUGGUUCUAGAGGACAUAGAAAAAAUUGUUUUGGUUCAGAUUUUAAUCUUGUUGGAAUUGCUGCAGGGGAUCAUAAAACUUAUUAAACUUAAUGCGUUUUUGACUUUGCUACUGAAUUCACUCUUUAAGGAUAAUAACCUAAAUAAUAAGCUGGAAAUUAAGGAAAGACGGUUGUUUUAGGAGGAAAAGGAGGUCAUGUUGGAGCUGCUCCUUAAUAAGAAGAAGAAGAAGAUGGUAUGAAAUAUAUAUUAAUAUUUAGAAUAAUUGCCUCCUGGAUGUGUUUCUGUUAGUACAUCUUCUGCUGUCAGUAUGAAAGGAGGAUAAAAAGUUACAAAAAUUACCAAAACCUAUAAAUUUAAGGAUGGAUCUACUAAGACUGCUGUUUAGACCAUCACAGGUUGAUGUUAUUUAAUAAACAAUUUAAUAU